AUGAACUCCAAGCAGCUCCUUUCCCUCUACGCUACGGUCGCCCUUUUCGGCGGCCACGCCGCUGCCUUCUGGCGCAUGGAGUGCCGUGGCACCACUGGACAGGCUCGUAUCGACCCUUUGGUAAACCCAGGAGUCGCCGCGGACCACGCCCACCAGAUCUUCGGCUCCGGCGGUUUCGGAGAGACCACCGACUACGACUCCCUGGUUGGGUCUAACUGCACCUCGUGCGCCGCCACCCAGGACAAGUCCGCCUACUGGAGCCCCAUCCCCUACUUCAAGUCUGACUCUACUGGCGAGUAUGAGGCUGUCGGUAAUGUCGGCGGUAUGCUCGCGUACUACUUCUUGAACGGUGAGGACAUCAAGGCUUUCCCCAAGGGCUUCCGCAUGAUCGCCGGCGACACCAAACGCCGCAACUACACUGUCGGCAACGGUGACUACCAGGCGCCCGACCCUGACAAGUCUCUUUGGCGCUCCCUGAACCAGGUCACCCAGGGUGAUCUGGCCCAACGUGCACUUGGUUUCAACUGCCUGGACUACUCCAAGGCUGCCGAGGGCUCUCUGUACCGUCAUUUCCUGCCCUCCAAGGACUACAUCGAUGCGAACUGCCCCGACGGAAUCCGCUUCGAGCUCAUGUUCCCAUCUUGCUGGGAUGGCAAGAACCUGGACUCUGACGACCACAUGAGCCACGUUGCCUACCCGGAUCUGGUCAUCAACGGCGACUGCCCGUCCGAUUUCCCUGUGCGUCUGCCUGGUCUGUUCUACGAGACCAUUUGGGACAUGGCCAAAUUCAGCGACAAGGACGGAAUCUUCAUCAUGUCCAAUGGUGAUCCUUACGGUUUCGGCUACCACGCUGACUUCAUCAUGGGUUGGGAGGAGAACGACAGCUUCAAGCUUCAGGAUGCCGUCGACAUUUGCACCUCUAGCUCUGGAACAGUUCAGGACUGCCCUGUCUUCAACCUCCAGGACCAGUCGGCCAUGAACGAGUGCAAGAUUGACCUUCCUGGCGAGCUCCUGAAGGAGGAUGUUCUUGGCCCGCUGUCAGACCUCCCCGGAGAUGUUCAGGUCUUCUGGGGCCCAGGUCCCGCCUCUGGCUCUCCCGCCGAAGCAACCGCUCCCAGCUCCGUCGUUCUGCCCACGCUCACCUACUCUGCUGGCUCAACUGCGUCGGUCAACGGCAGCUUUGUCCCAGGUAAUGCCUUCAAAGCCGCCAGCACCCCUCAGCCUGAGCCCAUGGCCGAUGCCGUCAAGGGAGCUGCCGUCGUCACCCCUGCCAUCUCUGCCGCGCCCACCGGCGCUACGGAGAUCCCUUACUCGACGGCCUACGAGACCACCACCCUUGCCGAUGGCACUGUCAUGGUCAACGAGGUGGUUUACGAGGAGGUGGUUGACUACGUCACCGUCGCCACGACUACCACCGUCUACGUGGACCCCACCGAGGCCCCUGCGGCUCGCCGCCGAAGCGCUCAUGCCCACCACCGCCGCCACGUUCACGGCCGCGCGCACUAA